AUGUCGACAACUUCUUCUCCAGUGACCUCUCCAUCAGCAGCCGUAUCCUCGUCGCCGAACCCUAAUCACCCCGCGCUGCCACCUUUAAUCACCUCUCCACCAUCGCACCGAAGCGUCCCAGCAAGACCAAUGUCGCACGUCUCUAGGAACCGACUCUCCCAAUACUCGACAGGCUCUCUGCCUACGAGAUCCCGCCCGACAUCACACAUGUAUCUGAUGUUUCCCUCGACUCUCUCAUAUACCCAAGUGCGGGACUUUGCGUACCCUGUCACUCAUGCUCUGCACUAUGGGCCUCCGCCAGAGCCUUCGGGACCGCCUUCAGGCAUGACAACGCCCGCAAGCGAACAUCGCAGGUUAUCAGACCCUCCUGUCUCGUGGGAGACACGCAUGCCUUGGGAGUCGUGGGGUACAGACGGCAUCAACCGUGGCCAUGAUCUUGCACCUAUUCAAUUUGACGGUGGGCCCCCGUACAGUGAGGAUGAAGAUUUGCAAAGCCCUGUCGUGGCCACACGUCACCGCAAACACAAAUCAACUUCAGCGGCGACAACAUUGAGAGGGAGGACUGGUCGUGAUGUUGAUAUGCAUUCGGCGAACUAUGAUCAUGAGCGGGGUUACUACAUGGGAACUAGUGGAGAUGGUAGCGAAACGUACUACGUUAAUAACGGCGGCGAGGCCAACGGCCCUGGCGGAGAUUUUGUUACAUACCCUCCGGGCCAGGCGCGUCACAGCCGUGCAUAUCACAUUGCCCAGCAACCUAGGGCCGCUGAGGGCGGUGAGUACUAUCAGCCCGAGUCCGACAGCUCCCCAUCGUCCCCAGGCUUUCAUGACGAUCAGUCUCGCUAUUCACGGGAUUAUCAGUUUACUAUCACAUCGCCGGACGAGGAGUUUCACGGCAAGGCCGUUGCCUUGUUCGACUUCGAGCGUGAAAACGAGAACGAAUUACCCCUAGUUGAGGGUCAGAUCAUCUGGGUCUCGUACCGACACGGCCAAGGAUGGCUUGUGGCCGAGGAUCCCAAGACCCAGGAAAGCGGGCUGGUGCCUGAGGAGUAUGUUCGACUACUUCGUGAUAUUGAAGGGGGAAUGAACAGCCUUACUGGGCAUCUUGUGGAGGGAUCUGGCUCUCCUGACGUGGGCACACCUACCCAAGCGGAGCAUAGCGGUCAAUAUGGCCACACUCCAUCUUCCAGCAAUGCGACUAACGGGUACCAUCAGCCAAUCGUGUCGAUGUUCUCGACCUCGAGCAAAGACCUUGACCCGUAUCCCACCCAGCAAUUGGGACUUCACUCCGGACAGGCGCCUCCUCAAGUUAUUCACUAUCACGGGCAACGUGGAGGCAGCCAGGCAAACACGCCGACGAUUGCUCAAUCUCAAGAUACUGGUAUCUUGAGGAGGGAGAGUCACGAUAGCGGAACAAAGAGGGAUUCGAAUGUGACACCGGUGCAGGCCAAGCCGCCAAUGGAGUUGGCAGGGCCAGGGAGUGAGGAAGCAAUGGAAACGGAGGGGGAGAGGUGA